AUGGUGUCGGUCAAAGACGGCGCGUCGACCGUCUUCUACUGUCUAAUAUGGAUCUUGUUCAGCGCAGCAGUCAUCAUCUUCAACAAGGCUCUCCUAGUCCAGAAUCCUUUCCCUACCGUCCUUACCUUCUGGCAUCUCUUUCUUUCCACCAUCGUCACUCAGAUCCUCGCCCACUCUACCACCCUCAUCGAUCAUAGCAAAUCCGCCCUACUUGGCGGUCGUCUCUUUCUCACAUCUAUUGUACCCAUCGGUCUCAGCUUCAGCUUCAAUUUGGUGCUGAACAAUGCAGCGUAUACCUUUCUCAGUGUCUCCUUUAUUCAAAUGUUCAAGUCAAUCGGCCCCGUCGUAAUGCUCCUCGUCGGUAACCUCCUCGGACUCUACCGCAUCAACCUUCCCAUCUUCGCCACGAUCCUCGUAAUCUGCCUCGGAGUCUUCGUCUCCUCCUACAGCGAAGUCCACUUCAACACCCUCGGCAUCCUCAUCCAAUGCGCCGGCAUCGCCAGCGAAGCAAUCCGUCUCGCCCUCUCCGAAAUCCUCCUCAGUCCAUCCGGAAUUCAAAUGGACCCUCUCACAGCACUGUACCACUUCGCCCCCGUCUGCAUGGUCUUCUGCCUCUUCGCCGCCAUGAUGAUCGACGGGCCCGCCGCUCUGUUCGACUGUAUUGAUGCCUGGGGCCCCUCGACCUUGCUGUGUAAUUGUCUAGUGGCGUUUUUGCUCAAUGUCUCGGCGGUGUUUUUGAUAAGGCACACGUCGUCAUUGACGCUGACGAUUUGUGGAAUCCCCAAGGCGGUGUUGACCAUGUUGGUGUCGAUGCAUUAUUGGGGGGAGACGAUUACCCUGACGCAAUUGGUGGGAUUUGCGAUUGCCAGUGCCGGUGUGGUGCGAUAUUCGCAGAUGGACAUUCGAAAAAAAGUCGACCCCGACCAAGAUCGAGUAUGA